AUGCUGGACUAUUCUCGGCUAAUGGGCUACAAUACUCCCACAGCUGUCAAAAGUGUGAGCAUUGAAACAAACCGUGUUUACGACACCAAUGCGCAAGAAGCAGGAUCAUCCAAGAAUUCACCAUACCGCGCGGAAAACUCUAGAAUCACAGUCGAUAACCGAGGUGUAGUAAGAUCGGGAGGAAGUAAUCCUAGUAAUCGAAGGAUUACUUCUGGCCACAGUGGAGAAACACGGAUGAAUGAAGAAGAGACUAGAAGAGAUCAAGACAGGGGUGAAAACUUGGAAGAAGGCAAAGAAGAAAAGGUGAACGAAAAAGAAGAGCAUCCUAAAACAUCUGAAAAAGAGCAAAAAAGCAGUGAUUGGGAAAUUGGUUCAAGUACCAUAUCACAGAGGGGUGAACAUGAGGAAUCGGCGGCCAAGGAAGGUGAAAAAGUGGGGAAUGAGCAAGGAUCAGUGGCAUCAACAACGCGAGGACCAAAACUGACAACAUGGCAUCCACAUGGGAAAGUUCAGCUUAAUGAGGGGUAG